AUGGCCCGGCCUACCCGCUUGUCCUUCUCUGUGGGCGACGGGGCGCCUGAAACUGAGAAGAACUCUGGGGAGCCCGAGAACACCUAUAUUCUGCGGCCCAAUUUCCAGCAAAGGUUCAGACCUUCUGUGGUUAAAGACUGUAUCCAUGCUGUGCUCAAGGAGGAACUGGCAAAUGCUGAAUAUUUUCCAGAAGAAAUGCCUCAACUCACAAAACAUUUAUCAGAAAUCAUUAAAGAUAAAUUAAAAGAAAUGGGAUUUGACCGGUAUAAAAUGGUGGUGCAAGUAGUGAUUGGCGAACAAAGAGGUGAAGGAGUAUUCAUGGCUGCUCGCUGUUUCUGGGAUGCUGACACAGACAACUACAUUCAUGAUGUUUUCAUGAAUGACAGUUUAUUCUGUGUUGUCGCGGCAUUUGGCUGUUUCUACUAUUGAAUCCUUGAAAAGCUGGGAAAAGAUAAGACCACGAAGAAAUAUGAACCUUUUUAUAUUGUUAAACGUCUUGACAAAAUAAAGAUAUAAGUUGGCAGUCUGGCAA